CCGGAACAACACUCCUAGCGUCGCAGGAGAGUUCUGCCUCGCUGCUAAAACUAUGUUUACGAAGACAAAAUGGAUAAAUAUCGCAGUUUUUCGAUAUAGUUUGUGCUCUUAGCUCUUGUUAUUUAUUUUUUUCAAUGGAGUAUGGCUUCGUCGACUGUCACUGUCAUAUAUCAGCCAGUGAGUUUGAAGAGGAUCUGGAGGAUGUGAUCCAGAGGACCACUCAGGCCGGGGUAAGGACUCUGGUUGCAGUUACAGAAGAAGUCAGGGAGUUUGACAGAGUUCUCCAGCUGCAGGAAUGUUAUCCAGAUCUGGUGGCUCCAUGUUUCGGCCUUCAUCCACUGCAGGGUGGCGGGGGCCCCGAGCAGCGCAGUGUGAGGCCUCAGGACCUGGAUGCUGCCCUGCUGCAGUUCUACAAACACAAAGAACGCAUCGUCGCUAUCGGAGAGAUUGGCUUAGACUUCACGCCAUGGUGUGCUCCCACUCAGGAAGACAGAGACGAUCAGAUGAAGGUCUUCGUUAAACAGCUCAACAUUGCCAAGGAGCUGGACCUACCUGUAAAUGUCCACUCACGAUCAGCUUCUAAGGUCACCAUAGCAACCAUAAGAGAGCAAGGUGUCAGUCGAGCUCUGCUUCAUAACUUUGCGGGGAAGCCGUCAGUAGCUCUGGAAGGUGUGAAGGCCGGUUUCCUCUUCUCCUUCCCACCUGCUGUCUGCAGGAACCACCAGAGAGACAAACUGAUCAAGCAGAUCCCACUGGAACACAUCUGUCUCGAAACUGACUCUCCUGCGCUGGGGCUCGACAAGCAUGUGAGAAACGAGCCCUGCAACAUCACUCUGUCCUGCCAGUACAUCGCUGAUAUCAAAGGUCUGUCACCAGAAACUGUUCAGCUCGUCACUGCGCAAAAUGCACACAGACUUUUCCCCAAGGCGCUAAUGCAUGGACAGGUUUCUGAAAAGCAAAGUUUGAGCUGAAGGUGGCGCCAGAGGCAACUUUAAUUAGAAAUGAUUUAUGCUCUGUUUGGAAAAGUUAGCAUUGUAUCACUAUAGGCUGUUGGACUCAGCGGCGUCCUGAGCUUAAUGCUAACUUUAGCAUGCUAACAAUUAGUUUUAGCACACAUUUACAAUGUUGCUAAUGAUAGCAUGUUAGCAUACCAUAUUAGCAUUUAGCUUAAUGCACAGCAGGGGCUGACAGGGAUUUAGUCAUUAGUUUUUGAGGUAUUUCAUGAAACAAACUGUUGCACAUAUGGGACGUUUGACCUGCUAGGGGCUCAAAGUAAAACAAUAAUAUUAAUAAUAAUAAGUCAUCAGUAAUUCAUCCUGAUUAAGGAUGGUUGCUUUUAAAGACAGGCAGAAACAAACACACUUGUCAUCAAACAUGAGUUAUAUGAAUAUUACACCUUAUUUUAUUAUUGUAUUAUGGUGUAUUGUGUUAAAAGAAAUAAAACACUGGAAGUUGA